CUCGUCGUCGCUCAAUUCGCAGUGCUCGCGGAUAUACCCUUCAGCCCCGCCAUACCUCUCCCGGAUCAUCGCCAGCGUUGCCAUCAUAUUCUCAGCCCUGCAUCCCGUUAGUCUCCACCUCUUGAGUAUGGAAGUGAACUUACCUCGCACUGAGCAUAUUCAACGCGCCGGUCCUAUCAGAAGGUAUUGUGUGCGACGCCAUGAGGCCGGCGACGACCUCUUCUCUCCAAUGAGCCAGCCCGACUUCCGUCAAGGAGUACUCACGCGCAACGGUCUCGUCGUCCACACCGCAGAGGGAGAGAAUCAACGCGCAGAGGACACCAGUCCUGUCUUUCCCAGCUGUGCAGUGGAGGAGCAGCGGCGACGUCGGCCACUGUGCGAUGUGGCGUAGAAUUUGCGUGUAUGACUGCGGGGCAUUUUUGAGAAUAUCCUCAUAUGCCGCCGUGAACCCCUAGACGAACUUAGCUAUUUCCCUAUCCCUCCGAGCAAUGCUUCUUCAAGCUGCCUGCACUAUUCACUGGAGAAAGCUUACCUCGGGGCUACCGCUCUGGUAAUUCUUGAACCGCACCAUGAGGUUCUGCGGGCUGUAAUCAACAUCCGUAAAUACCGGCGCAAACACCCUCUUACUGCCCUCAAACUCUACUACACCACCCCUACCAGCUGCCUCAGCCUUCUCAAUUUCAGGAUUCGACCGUAAGUCAUAGACAUGGGUGAUUCCCAGCGACUUAAUCGUUGUCCAUCCAUCCUCGUCGAUCUUGCUGCUGGGAGCACCAGCGCGAUAAAUUACCCCGCGACGGAUGGAGUUCUUGGAGCCAGGUACGGGAUACCCGCCCAGAUCGCGCAGAUUAGGCAGACCUUCUACCUGGAUGAAGGGAGGUGAUGGCAAGGCCGCACUGCUGGAGGUGGAGGUAGACAUUUUGGAAUGUUGAGUUCUGAGAAAUGUAAAUUUACUGCUGUUCCUCUGAUGGGUCUGGACGUAGAUAGACCGACUAUCACAGCCGAGGUUCAUUAAUCGUAGCUUGGUAGACCGCAUUGCUCUUUCAAAUCCUUGGCAAUUAUACCGAUCUGCCUAGCUUUUGGGACCCUGAGACUACCAUAACGACAGUGCAGCUUGCAAAGUCUAUCUUGCAUCUUAGACAUCAUGGAUUGGUACCUGAAUGGAGAGGGGAAAUCGAAAGAUAUGAGAUAGGUCACGUGAUCAUAUGAGCUCAAAGCUCGAGUCUUGCCACCCUCAAUAUCAACUUAACAUGAUGACUGGGGGAGUACUAUCAUUCAUCCUCUCACAUCGAAAAAUGAGGCACAAUGCCUAACGAAAGCUACCCCCCUUCCAGAGAAGCACCUCCCCCCGCGCCGUCCCAAAACCAGACAUCCGAUGCCGACCCUCAUACCACCACCACCGCCGCCGACCCCUCCUCGCCUCCCGACGAAAAGAGACAACGCAUCCGCGUAAAGAACCGCAGGAAAAUGUACCUCGACACUCACCCCUCGUACUUCGACUCCCCCGACCUCGAAAUAGUCGACCCCCUCCUCUACGACCGCUGCGUGCGGCGCUUCCAGACCAACGCCGAGCGCGAGGCCGACGGGCGGGCGAAGGGGUACUCAGGGGUGCUGGAGGCGGAUCUGUAUCGUUCUGAAGCCAAGCUCGCUGCGCUCUCCGGACGCGGGAUGGGCGAUGAUGGCGCGGAGAGGCGGCAGGAGGAUCUAGCGUAUGUUCCUGGACCUGAUGGGCAGGUGUUGCCGGAGGAUGAGGAUGAGGUGCCGAAGACGAAGGAGGAGGGGAUGGAGAGGUGGAGGGAGGCUAUGACGUUACGGUUUUUGAAGGGGGGGGAUGAGGAGUUCGAUUAUGGGGAGGUGGAUGGGAGGGAGGAGUGGGAUGUUAUUGAGCGGGAGGACGCGGAGGAGCAUUGGUUUGAGGAGGAGGAGCCGGGGUGGGCGGAGGGAAGUCCGGAGGAUAGCGAGAAGAGGGGGGAGACUGGAAUACAGGAUUUCUAA